AUGCUACGCCGUACCGUGCCCUUUGCUUUCGCGGCCUUCAAGUGUCCGCCUGUGCUGAAUGAGCCCAUGGACAACUUCGAGCCGGGCUCUGCCUCGGCGAAGGGGACGCUGGAGGCCUGUAAGGCGGCUCGCGCAGAGGUGCGGGAGUGCCCAAUCAUGAUUGGCGGCAAGCCGUACACCACCUCGAACGUCAUCAAGGGCAUCAUUCCCUCGGAUCAUCAGGUGCAGAUAGCCAAAGCCUACAACGCGACGCCGGAGCUCGCGAAGAAGGCGGUGGAAACGGCGGUGGAGGCCUCGAAGGAGUGGAGUCAGGUGCCUUUCCGCGACCGCGCGGCCAUCUUCUAUAAGGCCGCGCACCUCCUAUCGACCAAGUACCGCCACGAGAUGCGUGCGGCAACAAUACUGGGCCAGAGCAAAAACCCGUGGCAGGCGGAGAUCGACUGCAUCGCGGAGGCGUGCGACUUCAUUCGCUGGAACAUCCACUUUGCCGAGGAGCUCUACGCACAGCAGCCCCGUUCAGUUCCGAACAGCGGCGUGUGGAACACGACGGACUACCGCCCACUCGAGGGGUUUGUGUCAGCCAUCACACCGUUCAAUUUCACGGCCAUCGCCGCGAACCUCGCUGGCACGCCGGCGCUGAUGGGCAACACGGUGGUCUGGAAGCCGAGCCCAACAGCGGUGCUCUCGAACUACCUGAUGUACAUGAUUAUGGAGGAGGCAGGGCUGCCGGCUGGCGUCAUCAAUUUCCUGCCGUGCGAGCCAGCGGUGAUGGACAGCGCCGUGAACGCCGACCCGCGCCUCGCCGCUGUCGUCUUCACCGGCUCGACUCGCGUCUUUACCGAGAUCAACAAGAACAUCUACGGCCGCCUCGAAACGUACCGGAACUUCCCACGCAUCUCUGGCGAGACGGGCGGGAAGGACUUUCACCUUGUCCACCCUUCCGCCGACAUCACUCACGUGGCGGCCUGCACCACCCGUGGCGCCUUCGAGUAUCAAGGACAGAAGUGCAGUGCGUGCUCGCGGCUCUACGCGCCCAGGAGCUGCUGGAAUGCGCUGAAGGCGCUGCUCGUCAAGGGUCAGAAGCAGAUCAAGAUGGGCCAGCCGGACGACUUCCGCAACUUCAUGGGCGCCGUCAUCGACGAGGCGUCCUUUCAGAAAAAUAAAACGCACAUCGAAGUCGCCAAGGCGGAGGCGAACAAUUACGACAUCGUUGUGGGAGGCAAGUGUGACAAGUCGACGGGGUACUUCAUUGACCCAACCAUCGUCGAGACACGCGAUCCACGUGCGCGGCUCAUGCGGGAGGAGAUUUUUGGCCCUGUGUUGACAGUGUUUGUGUAUGAUGACAGCAAGCCCGGGUACUGGAAGGAGGUGUGCGAGCUCGUCGACUCGACAACGAAGUACGGCCUCACCGGCGCCGUCUUCUCGCGCGAGCGUGCGCCGAUCCGGGAGGCGGACAAGUACCUGCGCUACGCGGCAGGUAACUACUACGUGAACGAUAAGUGCACCGGUGCCGUCGUUGGUCAGCAGCCGUUCGGUGGCUCGCGCUUGAGCGGCUCGAACGACAAGCCGGGUGCUGGCCAGUUCGUCACCCGCUUCGUCUCGGCCCGCUCCAUCAAGGAGAACUUCGAUGUGAUGCCUACCAUCUCGUACCCGCACCAGCUGCCCGACGUGUACACGCUCUAG